UCAUUCCAUUUGGUCUGCUUCUGUAAACAUCAUCUAUCACAUGUCAGUUAGUCCUUGCCAAAAUGUUAUCUAUUUUAUAUCAUGCACACUCAUUAAGAUGGUCGCUACCAACUGCAGUCAUGAUUGGAUCGUCACCUACAUUCAUCACACUUUGGGGUGCAAUUAAGAUGUUGACCCUCUGCUUACCUGGUCGAUUUUAUACAUGUACUGAUGACGGACUCUACUCGCUAUAUCAACGGCUCAUCCUUUUUUUCUUUCAUACCUACACUGGCGCAGAGGUUCAGUUAUAUGGUGAUACAGAAACUUUGUUGAAUGAAAGGAAAAAUGUGAUCUUCAUCUGUAACCAUCAGUGUACAGUUGACUGGAUUAUAGCUAAUAUACUGGCAUCCCCACAAAACUGUAUUGGCAGGAUCAGAUAUAUUCUUAAAGAUGGUCUUAGGUUCUUUCCCUUGUAUGGAUUCUAUUUCAGACAGCAUUCAUGUAUAUAUGUGAAGAAAAGCGGCAAAUUUAAUCAAGAAAAGGCAGCCAAACAGCUUGCUCAGCUGAAAAACAGUGAUAUCCCAGUUUGGUUAGUGAUAUUUCCUGAGGGUACAAGGAUGAACCCCGAACUUCCUGAUGUUAUUGAAAGAAGUAGACAGACUGCUAUAGAGCAAGGUAUUGAGCCAUUCAAACAUGUGCUAGUUCCAAAAGUGAAGGGUCUACAGUUAGCUGUUGACAAGUUACAGCACCAUGUAGAUGCUAUAUAUGAUGUAACAAUUGCCUACGGUGAUUCUGUGCAGCCAGAGACUGGUUGUAGGAUUGCAGCUCCAGGGAUGAUAGAAUUUCUGUCCCUGAAUAAUCCUGCACUACAUAUACACUUCAAUAAAGUGCCGAUACAAGAUGUUCCCAAGGAAGAAGCAGAUCUGAAGCAGUGGUUAUUAAAUAGAUUCCGCCAAAAAGACAGAUUAAUGUCACACUUUUAUUCUAAACAGCCAGAUAAGAAGGGUACAUUUCCUGGACAUUCAGUGACAUUGAAAAUUCCGGCAUCAACUACUGUGCCGUCUUUUCUCUUCUAUAGUGCUUGUCUUGUCUUUUUAUUGAGCCGGCCAGAAGGCAGAACGUUUUAUUGGAGAACUGCUGUGUAUGGUACAGUAUGUGGCUGUCUGUGGAUGUGUAUCAGAUCAUGAUAUGACUUGUUUAAAAGAUUACGGGUUUUAUUUAGGCAUGACCGAGUUACACUUGACCAUUUUAUAAUUUCACUGCUGUAAAAUUGACCAAACAGCAUAAAUGGGGACAUUUGUCAAUGGCAGUUAUCACUUAUUUAUUUUUCAGGAGCAAUUUUUAUGCCCCCCUUCAAAGAAGGAGGGGUAUAUUGUUUUGCAGAUGUUGGUCGGUCGGAAUGUAGACCAAUCCGUUCCUGGAUGAUAACUCAAGAAGGCUUGGGCCUACGAUCAUGAAAGUUGAUUGGAAGGUUGGACAUCACCAGCAGAUGACCCUUAUUGACUUUGAGAUUUGAAUGACAAAGGUCAAGGUCACAGUGACCCUGAACAGUAAAACGGUUUCCGGAUUGAUUUUGAGAUCAGUAGGUCAGUCACAGUGACCAGGAACAGUAAAAUGGCAAUAACUCAAGAACGCUUUGGCCUAGGAUCAUGAAAACUGAUAAGGGGAUUGAUCAUGACCAGCAGAUGAUCCUUAUUGAUUUUGAGAUCAUUAGGUCAAAGUUCAAGGUCACAUUGGCCGAUAACUUGAGAACUCUUGUGCCAAGGGUCAUGAAAGAUGAUAGAGAGGUUCAUCAUGACCAGCAGAUGAUCCCUAUUGGUUUUGAGGUCAAAGGUCAAAGUUACUGUGACCCGGAACAUUUAAACCGUUUCCAGACAAUUACAUGAGAAUGCUUGAGCCUAGGAUCAUAAAACUUGAUAGGGAGGUUGGUCAUGACCAGUAGAUGACCCCUAUAGAUUUUGAGGUCAGUAGGCCAAAGGUCAAGGACAUAUUGACCCGGAACAGUUAAACCCUUUCCGUACGAUACCUUGAGAACGCUUGAGCGUAGGAUCACGAAACUUAAUAUGGAGGUUGAUCAUGACCAGCAGUUGACCCCUGUUGAUUUUGAGGUCAAUAGGUCAAAGGUCAAGGUCACAUUGAACCAGAACAGUAGAACUUUUGUUUACUGUGAGCAAAUAAUUUCUGUUCCUUCUGCAGUUACUGAAUGCAUCAAGGGGGGCAUUUUGUGUUCGACAAGCUCUUGUUUAGUUUUGUGUUGUUUGUGUGUGGAAAGUUUUAAAAGGAUGUAUUGUAGAUCACAGUGUUUCUAGUCAGUGAUGAUUAGAAUAUCAUUCUGGAUAUAUAAAAGAAAGCUUUGGAUAAUUAUGGCAGUGUUAGAAAGAAAAUAUUCCUGUCGUGCAGUAUAUUUGCAGGGAGUUAUGUUGUCAGGUGGUAUAUUUGUAGGCAGUAAAUUGUCAGGCAUAUUUACAUGCAGUAUGUUGUCGGCAGUAUAUUUGAAGGCAGUGCAUUGUCAGACUGUAUUUUUGCAGGCAGUAAAUUGUCAGACAGUUUAUUGUCAGGCAGUAUAUUUGUAGUAUAUUAGCACUUCGAUUUUUUUGGACCAAAUGCCUCCCACCCCCUUCCCCCAAUGAACAAAAUUUUAGCAAUGUUUUCCCCCAGCCUGAAUUAUAGCAUGGUGCACACCUUCCAAAUGAAACAUUCUUUAAUUUUUAAGAAAGGAAUAAAGACUUAUUUCCUCAAAAGAUUGUAUUGUAAACCUGCACAUGUGAUGAUUAAUUAGAGUCUUCAGAAUAAAAUGCCAUGUAAAGUUUACUAAGUGUUCUAGAAGUUCAAAUGGUAAACACGUAACAUGCUUUCAGAAUGACCAGAAGAAAACACUGGGUAGGAUAUAUAUCUUUCAGUUAGGUAGCAUAUUAGUUUAACAUAAUAUGUGAUGGAUGUUUUUUUCAGUCAAACAGCACUUGAUUUCAAAUUCUGUGAAUAGCUAGUGUGUUUUAUUCAUGGGAUACUGUGAAGUCAUUAAUAUUCGUGGGGGACUAAUUUUCGUGGUUGAGUCAAUCCACAAAAUUUAAUCCCAAUGAAGAAGUAAAAUUCCCAUUCAUUUUUAGCUCGACUAUUCGAAGAAUACAGUAGUCUAGCUAUUCUACUCACCCUGGCGUCGGCAUUGGCAUCACACCUAGGUUGAAGUUUUGCAUGCAAGUACAUACAGCUAUCAUUUAAAGGCAUAUUGUUUUGAAACUUAUUUUUAGCUCACCUGAGCAAUGCACAGUGAGUUUUUGUGAUCGCUCGAUGUCCGGCAUCUGGCGUUUGUCUGUCUGUCUGUCGUCUGUCAACAUUUAGCUUGUGUAUGCGCUAGAGGCUGUAUUUUUCAACUGAUCUUCAUGAAAUUUUGUCAGAAUGAUAACCUUGAAGAAAUCUAGGCCAAGUUCGAAAAUGGGUCAUCUGGGGUAAAAAACUAGGUCACUAGGUCAAAUCAGAGUAAAACAUUGUUUAUGCUAUAGAGGCAGUUUUUUUCAGUUCAUGAAUUUUGGUCAGAAUGAUUACAUUGAUGAAAUCUAGGCCAAGUAUGAAAAUGGGUCAUCAGGGGUCAAAAACUAGGUCACUAGGUCAAAUCAAAGAAAAACCUAGAGUAUGCGAUAGAGGCUGUAUUUUUCUAUUGAUCUUCAUGAAUUUUAGUCAGAAUGAUUGCCUUGAUGAAUUCUAGGUCAGGUUUGAAUAUGGGUAACCUGGGAUAGAAAACUAGGUCACUAGGUCAGAUCAAAGAAAAACCUUGUGUAUGCGAUACAAGCUGCAUUUUAUCACGGAUCUUCAUGAAAUUUGAUCAGAAUGUUUGUCAGGAUGAAAUCUAGGUCCGUUUUGAAUAUGGGUCUACUAGGGUCAAAAACUAGGUCACCCAGUCAAAUUUAAAAAAAAACAACUUGUGUACGCAAUAGGGGCUGCAUUUUACAAUGGAUAUUCAUAAAAUAUAGUCAGAAUGAUUGCCUUGAUGAAAUCUAGGUCAAGUUAGAAUAUGGGUCAUCUGUGGUCAAAAACUAGGUCACUAGGUCAAAUCAAAGAAAAACAUUUUGUAUGCAAUAGAUACUGUAUUUUCCAAGUGAUCUCCAUGAAAUUUGGUCAGAAUGAUAGCCUUGAUGAAAUUAAGGUCAGUUUUGAAUAUGAGUCAGCUGGGGUCAAAAACUAGGUCGCUAGGACAAAUCAAAUAAAAACAUUUUGUAUGUGAUAGAGGCUGUAUUUUUCAAUUGAGGUUCAUGAAAUUUGGUCAGAAUGAUUGCCUUGAUCAAAUCUAGGUCAAGUUGUAAUGUAGGUCAUCUUGGCUCAAAAACUUGAAGAAAAUACUUGUUUACACUUAAGAGACCACAUUUUUGGUCCAAUCUUAAUGAAAAUUGGUCAGAAUAAUUUUGUUUUCAUUAAAUCACUAGGUCAAACAUGUUUAUACUGUUAUGGUGUGUUUCUCAGUUGAGCAUCCUAAAGCCAUCUAGGCCCUCUUGUUUCUUUUUCUAGGUCAAUUACCAACCUCACUCGGUCAAGUUCAAUAACUCUGACAUGUAUUUUGAGCAAAUUAUGCCCCCUUUUGGACUUAGAAAAUCCUGGUUAAAGUUUUACAUGGAAGUUACUAUCUCCAAAACUAAUGCAGAUAUUGAAUUGAAACUUCACAUGUGUCUUUGGGGUUAUAAAAGUAGUUGAUAGCAUCAAGUUCAUAACUCUGUGACCUGCAUUUUGGCCAAAUUAUGCCCCUUUCUGGACUUAGAAAAUCCUGGUUAAAGUUUUGCGGCAAGUACAAACAGCUAUUACUUUAAGGCAUAUAGUUUGAAACUUAUUUUUUGUUUUAUAGAUCAAUUACCAACCUCACUGGAUCAAGUCCCAUAACUCUGACAUGUAUUUUGGGCAAAUUAUGCUCCCUUUUGGACUUAGAAAAUUCUGGUUAAAGUUUUACGUGCAAGUUACUAUCUGCAGAACAAAUGCAAUAUUAAGUUAAAACUUCACAUGUGCCUUCGGGGUUAUAAAACUAGUUCAUAGCAUCAAGUCCCAUAACUCUGACAUGCAUUUUGGUCAAAUUAUGUCCCCUUUUGAACUUAAAACUCUUUUGAUAUUUUAACAUUUUGGGUAAUAUUUUCCUGCUUCUGGGACAAUAUUUCGAAUAUUCAAGCUCUGAGCUCUUGUAUGUUCAAAAGUUGAAAUCCAUAAAUUCAUAUCCCCACAAAAUUGCCGUUUUGACCAAAACCACGAAAUUUCAUGCCCACGAAAUUUAAUGAUUUUACAGUAAUCAGUCUCAUUUCUUAUUGUAACAUUUCUCAUGUGUUUUUGAUUUUAUUCUUCAUAUUUUCAUUUGAAUGUAAAUAAGAUGUGAAGCCAAAAAUUUAAGUUCUGUUUGGUGCCAUGUAAUCUUUACUGUGUUGCUGUGCCAAAACACCAAAAUCAACAAAUCAAAUCAUUGCAACUUUAUCUGGUAGUACCAGUAUAUAGAAAGUGAUUUUCUGCUUUUGCUAUAGCAAAGUAGAAAAAUAAGGUCUCAUUUUCAUGGAUACUGCAUGUAAAGUUAAAAUGUUACAAAUAAAAUAAAGUUAACUAUUAGUAGGGAAUGUAGGACAAAUACCCCUUCUCGCUGGGACAGUGUGACCAAGGCAGACAAUUUUCCCAUAAAUAAACAGAAAUGAAUGAAAAAAUGUCAAUUAUUAAGAUGACAAUUAUCGAUCCUAAAAUUUGGAUAUAAAUGGAAAAAAUGAAAGAGGGGAUUUUGUCCACAUUCCAUCAGUAGGUACAGCAUUUGAAUCACUGAAUGUUCACUCAGUAUCUUCUCCAUUUUUUAAUCUAAGCCAGUGCACAAAUAGUGUAUGGCUUUCACGAGCCAGAACAUACGUAUUUUGUACUGUUUCAGAUGAUAACACUUAUAUGUUUAAUAAAAAAGAAUCAUUCAUUGGAUGUUGACUAAUUAGAAAAACUGUAGUAUAAUUUGAGAAAUCAAAGGCAAUUUCUGGCAUUUUAUUGUUAAUAUGAUGUACUUUUUCAUGUCUUCCAUAAUCUAAUGGAUGCAGUUGUUGUUUAGACAAAAUAGUAUUUUAUAAUUAUGUAAGAGAUAUUUUUGCUGUGUGUGUUUCAUAUAUGUAAUUUAUUUCUAUUGUGUCAUGAAGAGCCUUGUGUUUUAUAGGAUUUUUGUUUGUGAGUUUUUUAUAUAUAUAUAUAUAUAUAUAUGUUUAUAUUUCCAUUGUGUCAAAACAUUCUUGUGUUUUAUGAGAAAUGUUUGCAGUACAGUUGCAAGGAAGCAAAUCAAGCUUGGAAAUUACGUUAUCGAAUAAACCAAGUUGCCAUAGCUACUUUAAUAAAUACCUGUAAGAUGCAUUCUGCAUAUGCGAUAAUCCUUUGCAAGCUGAAAUUUUGGACACACAAGUACAUUAGUACUUAAUAGGCAGAAAAAAUGCCAAAUUAUUCUUAAGAAAAAAACCUGCCUAAUUUUAAAGGACUAUUCAAACAAUAAUUUUACUGUCUACCAAAAUUCAAAAAUGCAAAGAAGUGAAAGUGCUUUUCCUGAUAACUCCUAAUAUUAAGUUACAUCUGUGUAGUUUGGAUACAUGGUGAAUUCGUAUAGAUUCUUUCAUUGCCCUUGGCAGUUUAGCAAUUAAUUCCAGAGUGCCAAACAUAUACAUCUAUAGAAAAUAAGGUUGGUCUUAAAAAAUGAUUUUCAUACAUGCUGUUAAAUGAUAAUAUUUUUUAGUUCUUGGUUUGUUCAGUGUUUAUAGUAUGUUUUAACACAUGAGUGUGGCUGUGCAAAAAACAGUUUUGGGGCAUACUGUUCAUUUAUCCUCAUAUCCAUAAUUAUUGUAAUGUUAGUUUUCCAUGGCUUGUAUACAACUUACAAGCAUCCAUAAUGUUAGUUUUCCAGCAUUUAUAUGCAACUUAUAAGCGAACUGUAUAGAUCCACAUCAGACUGCAAGCUGAUCUGGAACCAAACUGGUCACAAAGCCAAAAUGUUGUUUUUUGCAUAGCAGUGCUCAGAUGAAAUAUUAAUAGGUAGUGGUGUGCUGAUUAAUCAUAGUGUCAACAAAUCAUGAAUAAAUGGGCAAUAACAUGACCGUCUACAAAAGUUUUUUGCGGUUGAUGAAUUCUGAUGUCCUGAUAAUGCCCCCAUUAUAAGCUGAAUCAUGUAAAGUUGCCACUCUGUACUAUCAGGGUGCAUGUCAAAUGAUUUCUAAUUAGACAGAAUAUGACAACAAUUCUUGAGCAUUGUGUGAACAAUUUACAAAAUUGUUGAAAUUAUGUUAUUGCCAAAAAUCGAAAAAGAUUAGCUAUUUUAAAUCUGUUUUCAUUAUGAUUAAUUAAUGAUCACAAAUUUGUGGCUGAUUUUUAAUUUUUUGAAUUUGAAUCAAGGUUUAUUUUACAUCACAACAACUGCACCUCAAAAUAAGUCUGGAGUCCUUACAAACACAUUACCGGUAUUUAAUAGAGGAUACCAGUUCCAAGAAAUUUACACGUUAUUUGAGCAGGCAGAACCGGACUUUUUUCUUUAGAAUCUCAUACCUGUGAGGCAAGCAUUUUUAUAUGUUUAUUUUCAUUUGUCUUUAUUCACUAUGUCUUAUGGUACAAAAUAUUUGUAUAAAGAAAACAUUAUCACCUCAGUACUAUUGAAUUGAAUUUGCAACUCAAAUUUAAUGAAUUUAACCAAAAUACUGACAAGUAAAAUACUUAAUUAUUGUUGUAUGACUAAAGGAGAUAAAAGCAAAAUACUUGAGUUAUUCAGUAUUUCGAGCUAUGUAGAAUAUAGAAAUAUAGAAAAUUAUCAGGUAAACAAACGGGGGACUACGUGAAUCACAUGAAUUGCUGUAGUGAGUGUGAGCCGGCAGUGCUCAGAGCAGUGUCGUGCUUUCUUUAAGAACAUAGUGAAAUUUGACUAUAAAUCUAGUUACUUAUUGAACAUAGAAACAACUAAAUGGCUGAUGAUAUAAAACAAACCUUUGUUCAUUUAUUCAUACUGCUAGUCAGUUUGUACUACACACAAGAUAUUUUACAAAUAUGUCCAAAUUUACAGGAGCUACAUUUUGUAUACUGAUUAAGGUAUUAGAUCACUAAUAGAGAACCUCUUUUUUGAAGAGUAUUCAAUUCCAACCAUAAAUCUACUUUUAAUGCAAUUCUUACGGGUGCGUAGGUUCAAGCCCUAGUGGGACCAAAUUUUUUUUUUCUUAUUUUCCUUUUUUUCUAGUAAGUUUUUACUUCUUUCAAGACUUAUUAUUGAUUUCUUGUAUAAAAAUGGAAAAAGAUGAAUCUUAUAAGCCAUUUCUUGGUGUUAAAAGUGAAUUUACUACUUAAACAGAAAGGGUAGAGUUACACAUCUUUAAAAAUAUUGAGUUACGUGUGGUGAAAGUUCUCUGUUUUGCUUUCACUCUUAGAUUAUAUAUUGUGGAAGAAAUUUAGGUAGGUUUUACAUCUACCCUAAGGUUAUUUUUAAAUGCAGUAAGCAAAAUUCAAAACAGAAACAUAGCAUUCGACCUUAUUUUUUCAAUGUUGAAGUAUGAAUUCUGUCUUAUUAAAUCCGUUUACUUGAGGCACCAUAGAAAAACUGAUAUUGACGUUUUUAUUUUGUGUUUUAUAAUUGUUUACCAAUAGUUUGAUGUUUCUUUUAUUAAAAUUAAUGUUAAAAUGGGUUCUCUGCAAACGUUUUGGAUAGUGGCCACCACUUUGAAAUUUGUCUCUACUUGAGCUUGAGGAGAUACCAUAAGUUAUACAAAAUUUAUAAAAAGCGGCAUGGUAAAAGUUGUUUAAAAAUUGCAAAAUAAUGCAAAACACGGUUACUUUUCAGAAUAUACCUAGCAAAGACCAUUUUGAAAACAUUACUAUUAGUGAUAUAAUACCUUAAGUGAAUUGUCUUUAAACAGUUUUACUGCUGUAAUCAUUGCUAUGCUUUUUUAAGUAAAUGUUAUUCAGUAAAUUCUUUAAAACUUUUAUGAUUACAGCUUGUAUAUAGAUCUGUGCACAAAAAGUAAAUUUGUUAUGUUGUAUGAUGUACGAUCUUAGGGGAAAUGAAAAAUUAUUAAAAUUUAUAGUCACAUAGCCAGUUAUUUGUCAGAUUACCUCAUGUUCUCAAAAGAAAUAAAAAGAAUAAAGAAAAUAAAGGUUUUUUAAUCUUA